AUGCGUAUUUCAAACAGCAUUGUCCUUUUCGCUGCUGCUACUGCUUGUGCUGCACAGGCCAAACAAGUUGUCCAUGACUGGGACAUUGCUUAUCUCACUACCAGCCGUGGCCUGGACCAGGCGCCUAAGCGUGGCAUCACUGUCAACGGAAAGUUCCCUCUGCCUGUUGUCGAAGCCGAAAUUGGCGAUUUACUUAUUCUCAACGUUCACAACUCGCUCGAUCCCCGCCAAACUGGUCUGCCCCUUGAUCCGCCGCCUCAUGGUCUAGUCAAUGGCUUCAAUGGGAAUCAGACAAAGCCGAUCAGAUUCGAGCCUGGAAAGACCUACCGCAUCCGCCUUGUCCCGAUGACCGGCUUCCCAGCCAUGGAGUUUUCUAUCGAUGACCACGAGCUGAUACUGUAUGAAAUCGACGGUGCCCGCACGAAGCCUAAGGCUCUGAGGACUAUUCGUAUGACUCCUGGCGAGCGUGCCUCGGUGCUGGUCAAGGCCAAGGAAACCAAGGACAGAAACUAUUCCUAUCAUAUCAGCAUGGUUACUCCCCGUGCUCCGUACGACGCCAAAGCACCGCUAGUUCCGACCACCCAGAUCCUGUCAGAGGAGUUCGAUGAGCUCACUACCGAGUCACUUGACUAUCUGCCAGCACUCAAGCCCGAUCGUUCCUUCAGGAAUGCGACCCUGGGGUACACCCAGCUGCUGUUGUCUACGAUACUUUUGAUCUCAUUGAAUACCGCGACCCAAGGUCCCAGCAAUUUUCAGUGCCUUGACCAUGGCGAGAUGGCCAAAAACCCGCUCAUCUACGGCCCGCAGACCAAUACCGAGGUCUUCCAGCUGGAUGAGGUUAUCGAGCGCGGUCAGGUCAAUGAUACCGCUGGAACCACCCGCCGCACUGUCCCCAGCCAUGGCUUCUCACCUCUUCUCCGUGACACUGUCUUUGUGACCCCGUUCACAUAUGUGGUGAUUCGCUUCCGUGCGGAUAACCCAGGUGCCUGGCUCUUCCACUGCCACCUGGACUGGCAUACACCCAAUCUUCGUAGCGUGUUUGUCACUGCGCCCGAUGUCAUGCAGAGGACACUGAAGGUCCCGCAGUCUGUUUUGACCAGUGCCGCAUCCAGGUAUUCCAACUAG